AUGAACGGCGAUACGGAGAAAAGAGACAUUAAGAAUCACCUGCUCUUCGAGAUCGCAACUGAAGUAGCCAAUCGAGUGGGUGGUAUCUAUUCGGUUCUCAAAUCCAAAGCUCCCGUCACAACCGCAGAGUAUGGCGACCGAUAUACGCUGAUCGGACCUCUGAACAAGAACUCGGCCGCUGUCGAAGUCGAAGAGCUCGAACCUCCGCCAGGUCCGCUCCGAGAAACCAUCGAAUCCAUGCGGGAACGAGGCAUCGAGAUCAUGUAUGGCCGGUGGCUGAUUGAAGGCGCCCCACGAGUACUGUUAAUCAACACCGGCACAGGGUACCGCUGGCUUGAUGAGUGGAAAUCCGACCUAUGGGCUAUAGCCGGUAUCCCGUCCCCUGUUGGGGACUCAGAGACCAAUGAAGCUAUUGUGUUUGGAUACCUAGUCGCCUGGUUCCUGGGAGAAUUCAUCUCUCGAGAAACUAGCCGCGCAGUCAUUGCCCAUUUCCACGAAUGGCUCGCCGGAGUCGCUCUUCCCCUGACGAAGAAACGCCAGAUGGACUUGACCACGAUAUUUACCACGCACGCCACUCUUCUCGGACGUUAUCUGUGCGCGGGAUCGGUUGACUUUUAUAACAAUCUGCAAUACUUCGAUGUAGAUGCGGAAGCGGGAAAGAGAGGCAUCUAUCAUAGAUAUUGUAUCGAAAGAGCGGCGGCUCAUAGUGCGGAUGUCUUUACGACUGUGUCUCACAUCACCGCCUUUGAGAGCGAGCACCUGCUGAAACGGAAACCCGACGGUGUCCUGCCCAAUGGUUUGAACGUCAAAAAGUUCUCGGCCGUCCACGAGUUCCAGAAUCUGCAUGCUGUGCAAAAGGAGAAGAUCCACGAAUUUGUGAGGGGACACUUCUAUGGCUAUCUGGACUUCGACAUGGAAGACACACUCUACUUCUUCACGGCUGGGAGAUACGAGUACCGGAACAAGGGUGUCGAUAUGUUCAUUGAGUCGCUGGCACGGUUGAAUCACAGACUGAAGGUCGCAGGCAGCAAGACAACUGUCGUCGCAUUCAUCAUAAUGCCUGCGCAGACGACGUCUCUCUCCGUGGACUCUCUGAAAGGGCAAGCCGUGACCAAGGCUUUGGCAGACACCGUGUCCAACAUUGAGGGAGGCAUUGGCAGGAGGUUGUUUGAACGAUCUGUUCAUUGGCGAGAAGGGGACCCCAUGCCAGACGACAAGGAGCUCAUCACGGCCGCAGAUCGCGUUCUGCUCCGACGUCGGCUCUUCGCCAUGAAACGGCACCACCUUCCCCCGAUUGUUACUCACAACAUGGUCAAUGAUGCUGAGGAUCCUGUGCUCAACCAGUUGCGGCGCGUUCAACUAUUCAACCAUCCAUCCGAUCGUGUCAAAGUUGUCUUCCAUCCGGAAUUCUUGAACUCUGCCAAUCCUGUCCUCUCCUUGGACUACGACGACUUUGUCCGGGGGACUCACUUGAGUGUAUUCCCUUCUUACUACGAACCCUGGGGCUAUACUCCCGCCGAGAGCGUCGUUAUGGGCGUUCCUUCGAUCACCACCAACCUCUCCGGCUUCGGUUGUUACAUGGAGGAACUUAUCGAGAAUCCCUCUGACUACGGCAUCUAUAUCGUAGAUCGACGAGCCAAAGGCGUUGAUGAUUCCGUCAACCAAUUAACCGACUUCAUGUUCCAAUACACGCAGAAAAGUCGAAGACAGCGGAUCAAUCAACGGAAUCGUACCGAGCGCCUCAGCGACCUCCUGGACUGGAAGCGCAUGGGAAUGGAGUAUAUCAAGGCACGGCAACUAGCGCUGCGACGUGCCUAUCCUGCAUCAUUCGAGGAUGUCGACGAUUUUGACGACAUGAUCGGAGGGACCGAGAUCAAGAUUUCCAGACCACUGUCUGUUCCUGGAUCUCCCCGCGACCGCUCUGGCAUGAUGACACCCGGUGACUUUGCGUCCUUGCAAGAAGGCCGAGAAGGUCUCAGUACGGAGGAUUACAUUGCAUGGAGAUUGCCUGAGGAGGAAGAGCCCGAUGAUUAUCCGUUCCCUCUCACGCUCAAGAUGAAGAAGACGUCAAUAUCGGGAUCCGGUCCGCCCUCCCCAGCGCCGCUUCUUGGAGGCAUGAACGGAUCAUGA